AUGGAUCAAACCCACACACGAGCCCUGGAGGCUCUCCAACCAUUCAUCCACCUAGCCCGCUCCAACAGCGCAGGUACGCCUCGCUUUAUCGCCAACCUCAUCACAAAUGCCACCUCCAACGCGCAAACCUACGUCUUUGCAGAGCUGCUCGAGCUGCCGACGGUCCAAGCAUUACGGUCACCAGACACUCCAGCCGAGUUUCAGGGCUAUCUAAAGCUACUAGAGAUCUUCGCAUGGGGUACAUGGCAAGAAUAUCAGACGACCCCAAACCUCCCCGAGCUGAACACCGAACAAACCCUCAAACUCCGCCUCCUCUCACUCCUAACGCUCUCAACAACAAUUAAACCCCUCACCUAUAGCGCCCUGAUGACCGCCCUCAGCACCCCAACAAAAGCCGAGCUCGAAUCCCUCGUAACAACAGCCAUCUACGCCUCCCUGAUAACAGCCCGCCUGUCACCAGCCUCCAACCCUCCAUCCGUGAAUGUGACAGCCGUCGCCCCCCUCCGUGACGUCCAGCCCCAGUCCCUCCCUAAGAUGAUCGCCAACUUGAGCGAGUGGGAAUCGCGCUGCGGCGAGGUCGUCUCCGAUCUGGAGGCGGAGAUUGCACGGGUCAAGAGCGACGCUGCCAAGCGUGCCGCACGCGCUCAGGCACACAAUGAGGCCCUCGAGGAGGCUGUUAAGAGGAAGCAAAGUGCAGGGAAGAAGGGUGGUCGGCGCGGUGGUCGACUUGGUGCUGGCCUCGGGGGGAGUAAGAGGGAUGCAGACGAUAUUGAUGAAGACGAUGGGUUCUUUGAGACUUACGAUGGUGAGCAUGGCUCACGCAUGGAUAUUGAUGAGGCGCCUGGUGCUCGUGCGGGAAAUAGUCGGCAGCCGAAGCGGGUUUUGGGGCGCAAGUCUUGA